UCCCCAAAUUCAGGCCGAAAUCCAGCCUCGACAAACCUUUGCCAAAACCUGAACCAAAACAACCGAAAAUCGAAGAAAAUUCAACAAAAUCAGCGAAUCUUUUGCCGAAGAUUGAAAAACCUUCGGCCUUGAAUGGCACUGUCAAAAUGGAGAUGAAACCAGUGGCGGCGGAGGUUGAGAUGAAACCGGCACCGGAUCUGGAGGCAAAACCGAAAAUUGAUGAGCCUGUGGAUUCAAGCAGGAAUCAAUUAGAAGAAGAAGAAGAUAUGAUUGUUCGGGAAAUCGAUGUGUAUUAUACUCCUUCAAUUGAUGCAGACACUCAGUUAUACGUUAUGCAAUAUCCAUUGAGACCGUGUUGGCGUCCGUAUGAAUUGGAUGAGAGAUGUGAAGAGGUUAGGGUUAAACAUUCGACUGCAGAGGUAGAAAUGGACUUGUCAAUUGAUGUUGAUUCGAGUAAUUGGGACAGUGACAGGGCUAGCAGGGCUAACAUAACGAAGCAGACUUUGUCUUCUUCUUGGAAGCCAUCUCUGGCAGCUGGCUAUGCUGUUGGUGUUCUCGUAGAUAAUAAGUUAGUCUUGAAUCCUAUUCAUGCAGUUGUGCAACUCCGACCAUCAAUUGAACAAUUUAAGUCUGGUGGCUCCAAAAGGAAGAACAAUGUCCCAGGCAAUGCAGAAGUUGCCAUCAAAUUAGAAGAUUCUAACGAAGCUAAACAUGUUGGUCUAUCAAAAAAACAGAAUAAGCGGAUUGAGGCUUCUGCUGAGGAAAAAAGAACACAUGAGGAUGAGUGUUGGGUUCCGCUGAAGUACCAUGGGUUGAAGAGUGAUUUCUCAGCUAGAUAUCUGCAGAGAAUGUUGGCACAAGAAAGUUCUAAUCUGCACUUCACAAUGAAUCCGUAUGAAUAUGUUAGCUCUUUAUGCCCUGGAGCAUGUGACAGUAACAUCAAAUCCAAAAGUCUUUCAAGAAGGUUUUUCCUUUCUAUGCCACUGGAGGAACGUGUUCGGAGAUUGCUUUUGGAGGGUCCACCAGUUAAUCGGUUUAGUGCACUCCAGCAUUUUGCUUCUGAUGACUCUAUUGAAGAUCUUUUAGGAAUCCUUCAGAAACACGCUCAAUUAGUGCAAGGUCUCUGGGUUCCAAGAAGUUUAUUGCUAUUUGAAGACAAAGCUACGUGCUUAGCUAGAGAUUUCGUUCUUCUUUUAUUUAGCAAGAAUUUGGCAGUCAAGUCUGAACAAUUAUUGGUUGAAGCAAAGCUUAAAGAUCAUAUAAAACGGGUUCUGAAUGUAUUUGCUGUUGAGAGACCUUCCUUUAAAGAUUGGAAGUUUAAAGAGCAUAGGGAUGCGUCAUUUAUAAAAGAACACCCAGAUAUUGUUAAGAAGCAAGAACAAGUUUGGGCAAAUGUAGAGAAACAGAUAAAUGAUGUUAUAAAUAGACCUAGAAAAGUUGGACCUAGUAAAGAGGUAGCUACACGAAAAUCUGGCAUGGCUGGUAAGCCUCUAAAAGUGAUCAAUUCUGAUGAAGGUGCAAGUGCAGUGCUAAGUGGGAAGCCCAUGUCUAAUGAAAGUCGAGAAGCAUUACCAAAGGCCUUGCAGAAAAUUUUCCAGAUGCACAAGGUUUGCAGUAAGCAGUUCAUUCGUGAACGUUUGCGGGAGUGGGCUGUUGCUCGAUCUCAUGUUCCCAAGCAAGCAGUUGAUGCUAAAAUGGCUAUACUUGCAGCAGAUGGUGUCGACACUGCAGAUUUUGAGGAAGUCAUAAGUCAAGUUGCGACCAACAUUCACGGUUAUUAUGUUUCAAAAUCAUCCUCGGAGCACCCAGAAUAUGAUCAAUUGAGGAAGGUUGUGAUUAACCUGCUACUUGCUGGAGGACCUGAUACGAAGCUUAAAAAGGCUGAUGUUAUUGAAGCUGCCAGGCUUACACUGAAGAGAGAUAAUAUCACAGAAAAUGAAUAUAAGAAGGUCAUGAGUGAUAUUUGUGAAUCCAAAGGUGGCUCAUGGGUCCUGAAAAAGCAGAAAUGAGUUAUUUAGUUCGGUUCCUUGUAGAAGAAUGUAAUACUAGCUUCAAUAGGAGAAAACUUCCCAACAGAUUUACAUACAACCGACCGAUCAUAUGAGAUGCCAUGUUAGCAUGUGUAAUAUGCACUUGCCUAAUGAUUGGUUGGUUGUAUAUAAAUCUUCUGUACAGAAUACGGUCUAACUAAGAUAAUGCGUUGCCGCUUUUGAACAUUCUUUGGCUGAACUCCAAUAUGAUGGAGACACAUUCCCUCUGCCAGAAGCCACUUGCUCAUAUAUGAAGUACAUUCUAAAUGGUGCUCAGUGAUUGUUGGUAAUGACGAAUAACUCAUUAUUUUUCUCAAAUUAUUAUAUUAUUUUUUUAGUUUAUGCAUUUAAAUAGCAUGAUUCAAGUCAUACAUUUGCUUCAUAGUGAAUUGUUCCAUAGAGUAAUGCAAUUGCCUCAGUACAUUCCUGAAGUUAGGGAACUAGAGUUGUCAAAUUGGGCUAUGCAUUAUGAUGCAAUUUUCGAAGCCGAACCUAUUCUUGUU